CCAAGCAGUGGCAUCUUCUCCCCGAGAGGGAGCUGGACCUGACUUCUUGUCCAGCACAGUUACCAGCCCACAGGGAGCAGAGACCGCUGUGUUAGGACACAGAGACCUCUCGUCUGAAGAUCCCAGCCCAGGGUGUCCAGGACAGAAGUGACUUCCGUGCUCCAAGCCUGAUGGAGAAUCCAAGGCGCCCGAGGAGGCCCCUGACGGAGAGGAAAGCCAAGUCUCUGGACAGGCCAUGGGCCCCCAGGAAAGACUCAGAGCCAUGGGACUGCCACUGCCUCUCCCUGCCCACUGCUCCCACCAGGAAGGCGCUUCACUGGACAACCAGUGAUUGGGCCGGACGUUCGGAGAGCCCAGCUCCGUCUGCAGAGGCUCAGGGUGCCACUGCUGCAGCCCUCACUCCGGAGGAGACUGGAGAGUUUCUCCCCGGCGAGGAGAGGUCUCCACAAGACACCAAGAGGGACAAGGCCCAGAGGAGGGCCCAGCAGGGGUGGCUGAAGACCAUGCUGAACUUCUUCUUACUGAGGACGGGCCAUGAGGAGCCCAGAGAAAAGGCCAGCAGGAGGCCAAGGGGGCCGGAGGACCUCUCCCAGCCUCCAGAGCCCCCAGAGGCACCGGGGGAGCCAGCCCUCAGGAAGAAAGCCCACCAUGACAAGAAGGCCAGCCGCAAGAAGCAAAGUCACAAGAAACACAUGGUCGAGGUGAAUAAGGCAGCUCAAGACCGGGAGGCCAGAGGCCAAGAGGAAGGGCUGUCCAGGACAGCUGCUGCCUUGCGCUCUGGGGAGGCUGACCUGGGCCCAGCUCACAGGGGUGGGGAAGACUCUGAUCGUCAGUCCUUCCUCAUCAGAGCAGAUGGUGCUGGAGCUUUGGAUGUUUCUCCCCACGCCACAGGUCACCAGCAAGAAGAGGAGCUCAGAAAGCCUGAUGAGGAUGCUAUCAUUCAGAUGAUAGUGGAAUUUCUCAAAAGAGUGGGAGACCAGUGGGAAGAAGAGCAAUCUCAGGCCUCACAGCCGAAGGUUGUCCUGCCAAACCCAACAGCAGCUGUUAGGAAGAAAUCCCAAGAGAAAAAGACAAGCCCCAAGAGAAACUUUUCUCUUAAGAAACACGGCUCCGAGGAGGCCAAGAGGGGGGCCACAGAUGUUUCCAGUCCAGAGGCCCGGCCACCGAAGAAGUCCAGCUUCCGGCCCCUGUGUGUCGGUGGCCAUCGGCCUUCCAUCUCCAGCAGCUAUGGCUUGGAAGAACCUGAAGUCCAGGAGAUCCUAUCUACAGAGGCUGAGGCUCCAGGCCCCUGCAAGCUUUCCACACCACCAGAGAGCCUGGGACCUGGAGAGGAGCUUCAGCCAGACAGAGCCUCAGAAUACAGGGCCCUGACUCAGUUUCUCUCAUCUCCCCUACAGCAACCUCAAGUCCAGGAGGAAGAGGGGUGUAUAGAAAACUUGGCCCCACUCAGCAGAAGGAAAUCUCAAGAAAAAAAGUUGAGCUUCAGGAGAGCGUUUUACCAUAAGAAACACAGCUCCAAGGAACCCAAGAGAGCAGGGCCAGCAGGGGCUGCCAGCCCAGAGACCCGACGGCCCAAGAGGCCCAACUUUCUGCCCCUGUGUGUCGGCGGCCAUCGGGCCUCCACCUCCAGCAGCCUUGAUCCAGAAGAUCUCGAGUGCCAGGAGCCCUCACCUGCAGAAGGGGAGCCUGAUGUGGUCCCAGAAGCACCCUUCCAGGCCAGAGGCCACACACCGGAAGGGGCACCUCAGCUGAGUGGAGUGUGUGAAUCUAAGGAGCUCAUCAUCCUGAAGCUGGUGGCGCUUCUCCAAGAAGUGGAUGGCCAACUGGGGCAGCAGAUCAGGCGCCACCCCAGCUUUAAGAGGUAUUUUUACAAGUUCUCGGACUCCUCCCUCAGCAAGCUGUUAGCCACCCUACGCAGCCAGGUGCCCCACUCCUCUCAGUGGGACAGGAACCUCGCCAGGAGACUCCACCAGUUUGACGUUCGCUUGGCUGACAAAUUUGCUGGCAACAACAGCCACGCCAUCUGCAUCCUCAUGGGCCUAAGAGACGGCUACAAUCGCACCCACUUCCCAGACAGGGAGGACCAGCCGAGCAUCGAAAGUCCUGAGAUUCUAAGUCCAGAUUGAAAGCUGUGUCUUGCACUCAAAUUCCUUUGAACUAGCCAAACAUUUGGCAGCUUUAGCCAAGAGACCCUGAAGAUGCCCUAUGACACCCCAAUCCUUGCUUUACAAACACGAUGGAAAACAAGAGCAGACAACCAUUUUGUGUCCAUACCCUAGUAUAUGAGAAGCACAAAGGACUCUUCCAGAAGGCAAGACACAGACGCUAUGUCUGAGGAAAUCAGCACUGGCCUGGAAGUGAAGAGACCAGGGCUCCACCUGCUGAACCUACUCCAGACCUGCUUUGUGACCCUCUACAUGUCCUGUACCUCUCCAGACUUUGGAGUCUAGGAUCUCACCCAGAAGGCCUACUGACAUUUUCUCAGAUGUUAGUUUUAACUGAGUCUAGUUUUUAAAUUAAGUUUUUAUUUAAUCUCUAACCAGAACAUCCACAUGUAUCCAAACAGAUGUGCAUCUAAAUGUAUCCCAUCAUUUCUUCCGUUGACCAGUCAUUCUUCAUGCUCAUAUGGCUUUGUAGAUGCGUCCUAGGAACUCUGCAGGCCACAAAUGGAAAGACCUGGACACUGAGGACGCUUGGUCUCUCAGAAUCCUUCUAACCCUGUGUUCAUAGAGCUGAUAACUUGCACCUCUCCCAUCUCAUGGGGUUGGCUAAAAGUCAGUGAGAAAAUGGAUGUGAAGAGUCUGUAAAUUACGUAGUGCCAGGUCCGUGUAUGUACUAUAGCUUCUUCUGGGUAGUUUUCAGGAAGUGGAGGAGGGCUUUCGUGGGCUGGACUGCCAUGGAUUGUUGCACAGGGGGCGCACUGCUCAAGAGCACCAUACUCUGGGAGGUGCCAUUCACAUCCUAGACAUUGUGGAUUUGUAGAUUUAUGAUGACAGUUUUCCAGCUGGUGGCAGUACAAUGUCUUGAGAAAAGGGAUGCGUUUUUGUAUUUGCACAAAGGUGAGGUGCGGGGUGCCCGAGGCUGUGCCUUCUGUAUAGCUCAACAGUUUCAACAGCUUGACUCGGGUGUGAAAUUUGCCACACGUUCAUAUCUAUGUGCAACAUGGACAAAAUUGCAGACGGACAUCUGGCUCCCAUGGACACUGCCCAGAACAUGUGGUCAUGGGGGAGAGGGUGAUAAACCUGGAUAGCAAGUGUGAUCUUGUGACGAUUGGGGACAUGGUAUCGCCGUGUUGAACCUGCUGUAGCACCAUUGGGUAGGACUAGGGAGGAGGAGCAGCCUAGGGCGGAGAGGCCCUGGGCGCUUACAUGGGGGGGCCUCCAACCAGAGGCACCAGCUCAGUAAGCUCAACUCAGCCUAUCUGGAAAGCCAUUUAGUUUUUAUUGCUGCUUCUGAGAAGUGGGGGAGAGGUGAGCUAUUUGUGGAUUUGUUUAGGCAGUGUUCAUGAUCUUAGCACCCAAAUGUGAAGGAUCAGAAUAAGUUAUGAAAUGGUCAGGAACCUUUUGUACACAGUUUCUUAUUUAGAACGAUGUUCUUUAACCUCUAUGAAUAUUUGGUAUGUGCUCCUGAUGCUGGCAUCUGAGUCUCAUUUUUGUACUGUGUUAUUUGAGCAAAUAAAUUAACCUGCA